AUGUCACCUUUACUCAACUCUCAAGACGACCGUGCAGCGUUCGUUGAUGCUUGCAUCGAUAAGCGCAAAGGAGCAAUGGAUGUUUGGGAGUCACUUGGUUUGACUAGUGAGAAGAGUGAUGAUUCACAGAAAGGGUAUUUUGUCAAGAAAGAAGCCAACGAGCUGCAAGAAGAGAUUGAGCAGAUAGCAAAGCCAGUCGCUAUUUCCUAUCGUGGCAAACUGGCGGAGUUGAAGUCCUACCUGGCGGAUGAGUGUGUCUUCUCCGAUGACGUUUCCAGGCUCGGAGAGGAGUACGGAGAAAAAAUAUGGGGUCGCAUAGAGGACGGCGAGAUACGUUCGUCAGGUCAAUCUCAAGGAAAGGGAAUUGAAGAACAUGACUGGGAUGACAUCUCAGAUCGCACGAACAUUCUCUUUUACUUCCGCUGCUGGAUCAUAUGCAUUGUCGUAGCUCCACGGAGAGCAAAAGGAAAAGGUCGUUGCCGAGAGUCAGGUCUAACCGAAGACCAUCGCAAUCAUGUCAUUAUCGAUCUCUCUGAGCCCGAUAGUCCUGUUACUCCAGGCAUCUCGUUCCGGGCACCGGAGCCGCCGCGCAUGUACCCCACGUCUGGAUCGCGCAGAGAGGCGGAUAAAACUUCAGGCACUUCUCUGAGUUCCGCGACGCAUGUGAGAGGCAACAACAGCAACACGACACCAAGCAAGAGGAAAGCGCAUGAUUCCCACGAACGGGCGCCUUUGGGGAAGCUUCCAAGGCCGUCAAAGAGCGCUCGGAUGGUUCCAGUACUUGCACGACAACGGGAUACCUACUCGAUCCCUGACACCCCUCCGGCGUUUUCGAAUCCAGUAAACUCGUCAUUGGAGAGACGAAGAGAGACCACACAAGAUACAGAUGCGACUUAUAUGCCUCGAGGAGUCACGGCGGACACCGAAACCAUAGUCGGUGACGAAGAAAUACACACUAGAGAAGUCGACUUUUGCCUACAGAAUGUCAUCGCUAUGGCCUGUCAGGACGAGAUGCAGUACGAAUAUGAAGACGAGAACGCCGCUGGCCCAUCGGGUACCUAUCUGAACCCCCUCAGGCAGGACUCUGUCAUUCCAAAUGAUACGCAGACACAGAAAGACACGAGAGAACAUGAUGGCCAACCUGGUCAGGACGACGACACAUCCAGCGAUGCAUACAAUGACGCGAUCAUACGCUCUCUCAUCUCCGAGUCCUCACAUGAAACCGGGCAAAACCGCAUUUACCGCCUUGAGCUUAUCCGACUUCUCAUUUCCUACCUUAACGGCAUCAAUGAGUUUGACUCCACUAGCUACAACUUCGCCACCGAAGAACGCAUGAACUUCCUACUCAACCAUCUCCAGUGCACUGAGGCAGAGAUAUGGCAUGCCAAUCACAGCAACAGUGCAAUUCGCUUGGGCCACACACUGGAGCGUUGGAUGGGUAUGCGUCACCGCUUAAGCUCUUUCCGCAGCGCAACGGGCUACUUCGGUCCGCCAGGUCAGCAGUGGGAAGAGUUUCUGCGAGGUAUGAAUAAUGUUCCACAUGCGAGGGCUAUCUUAGCUUUUGUGGAAUUGAAGAAUGACGGAAUGUUGGAAGAGGGGAAAGGAAUUGGUGCUGGGCAUAGGUUUAAUGAGGAUCUCAUGGUGAUAUUUGAUUUGCUUACGAGGAUAAAGGGGUGUAAUGGCCCAGACGCGUUCAAAGGUGUGAAGAGGUUCAAUGAGGGAUUGUGGAAAUGGUUUGACGAUUCUGAGGAGAACUGA